UGGUUGUUUUCAUUGUAGCUAUAUUUUAUAGUAAAUCAAAAACAUGUAGACAAUAUAAAAUAUGAAAGCAUGUUAAAAAUAUUUUUUUAAAUAAAUUAAUUUCCAAAAUUUGAAUUCUAACUAGAUAUCUGGAAAUAAAUGAUAUUUGUUUAAAUGCCAUCCUGUAACUCUGUUAACUACAAUUGGCAUUGCAAGCCAUGGUUGACGUUACUGAACUUUUUCAUGUAGCCAAAAUAAUAUGCGAAUAUACCCAAAUUUUUAUUAUAAAUCCACACUUUUGAAAUAAUACUUUUGUGGAAAAUAAUAAACUUUAAUCUCUAUUGAAGAAUAUUCAGUGAAGUGAUAGACAGGGGCGAGCAUAAGAAAUUUUUUAUUUUCGUAAAUUACCAGAUAGAAAUUAUUAAUCAAAAUGUACCGAAUGAAAAAGUUUACAACGUUAGGAAAAAUUUCGACAAACGGCAACCAUAUGGCUGGAAUGUUUUUAUUUUGCACAUUUGUACAUUAUGGUAAAUGAGAAAGUUUAUGAAAAUCUAAUUGUUUGCUUAGAAUUUUAAAUUCAGCAAUGGAUAAAGAUUCAGAUAGCACUGUGACAUCAUUGGAUGAAAAUACUGAAAAUUUCUGCACAAAUCCUACUCGUGAUAUAUUAGCGGAAGGUAUCGUGAAUUUAUUUAAACCAUCAGUGGAGAAAUUGGACGAACACAUACAAGCCACUCGUGCAUCACAAGUAGAAUUAAAAAAGCAGUUGGACUCACUGUCGGUGCAACUGGUGGAAAUAGAGAAGGCUCAACAUAAUAUUCCUGAGUUUUCUAGUAAAGUUAAAGAAUUAAUAAACGUAAAGCAUAAAGUAACAGUUAUAACAAACAUUCUCAGUACAAGCCAGGAACGUUUGACUGGACUGUAUAGACUUAUCGAAAAAGAGCAACGACGUAGACAAGCUCUACUUGACUCAGCUAUAAGCACAAAUAUAUCUUAAAAAUAAGAAAAUGGAAACUCCUUAUACCGAUCAUCUAACAUUAAUCGAUUACGAACAAGUGUACGAGCCGGCAGAAGAUUCCUUUUUAUUGUUGGAUGCCUUAGAAGCUGAUCUAUCAUAUAUCGAGAGCUUACAGCCGCAAAUUUGCUUGGAAGUUGGUCCGGGUAGUGGUAUUAUUGUUACAGCAUUAGCAAAAAAGUUGAAAGAAACACUUUGUUUAGCUACUGAUAUAAAUCCAUAUGCUUGUAAAGCGACGAAAAAAACUGCUUAUCGUAACGGUACAUUUGUAGAAAGCGUAAAUUGCAACUUGGUAGAUCUUUUACGUAAAAAUACGAUUGAUGUACUUGUAUUUAAUCCGCCUUACGUUGUAACCUCUGACGAUGAAUUGGAAAGUAACUCGUCUACCAACUCACAAAUUACAUUUUCAUGGGCUGGUGGAAAGCAUGGCAGACGUGUAAUCGAUGAACUACUCAAACGUUUGGAUGGUAUUUUAUCUGCAAAAGGGGUAUUCUAUUUGUUGGCGCUACGUGAAAAUAAACCAGACGAAUUAAUAAUCAAUUUAAAUACAUUGGGUUUUACGGCAAUUAAGUUUAUGGAAAGACGAAUUCCUGCUGAAUAUCUAUACAUUUUAAAGAUAACACGUAAAUAAUUUUUAAGGAAUAUUCAAAAUAUCAAGUUGAUGUAAAAAAUAAAUUAAUAUUUUCUCAACA